UUUCUAUUCUACGAUCUUCGGCCUGGCCAGCAAUGUGCUUGGCUCGUGCACUUGUGGGGUUUGGUGUCACAGUCCAUCCCUUGGAAGCCAUUGGUUGACAGGAUCUUACAAGAAUUCGCGCCGGGCAGCCUACGCGGUAAAUUUACGGCCGAAAGGCACUUAACACGAUAUUAAUGGUUGGCUAGCUGCAUGCUACGAGUUUCAGCAAUGCUUGCUAAGUCAACCGACCCCUUUGCCCUUGAGUGGCCUUGUGAAGGACGUCCUUAUCAUGCGAUGAUAAUGACAAAAAUAGGAGUUUGUUACAAAAGCUUAUCCCUUGCUUCAGCAGCAGGGUGCUGACAGCGUUUGAAAUUAUACAUUUAAUGAGAGGGUGCCCGCCUAAGGGGAUUCGGGGAAUGUACCAUGUUUGAACACUCAACGAAUUUGUUCUCUUCCAGGCCUUUAGCUUUCGAAAUCCCACGUAUGAAGACGUCGCCCCAGCAAGAUGGCAGAUGAGUUUGUACCACGAUUACUUCCAAAAGACCUGACCGUCGACGACAGUACACAAUCAACACAGCUCUUCUCUCCAGGACAUGUUGAGGCUAGACUCGAAACCUUCCCAGCAACAACCUACCUAACUGAUGGGCCACCAACAACAUAUUUAGACUGGACCAAGUUGGAUCAAGAUACUGCCCUUCCACAACUUGACGGUGCCCGUAUGCUUCUAUAUCCCAAGGUCAAAGAUUUUAAUAUAAAUCCAUUUAAUGGUACUGGACACUUUGGACCGUGGAUGUCUAUGACAAUGGAAAACAAGUCAACCCCGGCUGAAGUCCUUGUUGUUGCGCCAGGGCACGAAGAGAUCGGCUGCACGGCUAUCCACCACGACGCAGUUUUCUAUUUCUACUUCGACCCCUCCAGAGACUGUGUUUAUAUUUGCAACCACUCGUUUCGGCACUUUCUGGCUACUAAGCGUGGUAGGAAUACGUUGUAUCAGAUACCAGGUGGUCAAGGCAGAGCACUUUCCGUUGGAAUUUGGGAUCUUGUGUUCGACGGGCAGUCUAUAUUGGAGGUCCAAGUGAUGAAACGUAAAGCCUGGCCAACUUCCUGCGAUCGUCCUUUGAAACGUGUGGCCUCUGCGGAUGGCAACCCGUCCAAGAGGCUCAAGGUCUCUAAAAAGCUCGUGGCGCCACUGUAUAAGCCUUCACCGUCUGAAUUAGACGAAAAUGCUCUGGUCAAGCUCGAGAAAGGCAUGAAGAUACAUGUCGGACCUCGGGAGAACGGUUACUGGCUCACUCGUCUGGACACCAUUAUCGAUGCUAAAUACAGCGCCGUAUGGCGAGCGAGACAUUCAUCAGUACCUAAUACGGACAUUGCGGUGAAGGUAGUCAAGCUCAGACGGAGCGAUGACCGGUGGGUAGCCUCAACCUCUAAGAAUUGGCUGCGCGAAUACACCAUACACUCAUGUCUACAUCAUCGUUCCAUUGUGCGGUUACUAGGAUGCGACGCCCGCUUCCAUAGCCUCUACCUCGAGUAUAUUGAUGCCAAAGCGCUAUCGCAUUGGGUUAGCCCGGACCUAGACUUCACGGGAACUGAACAGCAGGCGCUAAGGAUCAUGGAAGAGUUAACUUCGGCGCUCUCACAUAUGCAUAGUAAAGAAAUUAUACACGGUGAUCUCAAGCCAGCCAAUGUUCUCUAUAAUAACGAUCGUGGCGCGGUGCUAAUCGACUUCGGCCUGAGUUUUCAAGUCGGGAAUUCAGCCCAAAGUCGGGGCUGUGGUACACCAUGGUACUUGCCGCCUGAGUACAUGACGAGCGGUAGAGUUGAAGGGCCAGAAACUGACAUUUGGGCCCUGGGUGUCAUCAUGCUGUGGCUGUUUGGAUACAUUGGCCUGCCCGAAAGAACUUACGAGGGCUGGCAGCUUCCGGAUAUUAGUCCUGUUGGAACUCAAGUUGACGCCCACGAGAAAGCGAUGGAUCAAAUGGACAGUUGGAUCAACUGCAUCUUAAGUGUACGACAGAGAUUCAUUACACCAAAGAGCACGAAACUAGCUCAACUUGUUGGGAAGAUGUUGGAAACUAAAGCCUCAGCUCGCAUUGACGCAGUGUCCUUGAGCCAGGAGCUCCGCAAUCUUCGGCUGUCAGAUUCUCAGGGUGACAAGCCGGAUAAACCACCGCAACACCUAUCUCACGAUACGGCAACUGCCCCAGGUAACACGUCCGGUCAAGGGACCGAAUACACUCCUGUCGCGACGUCUACUCCAAACAAUGAUGCCGAUAAUCUCCUUACACAGAUUUAGUUUUAUGCUGUUUUGAUUUGGAAGUGGAGCAAUGGCCAAGUCUUGUCAGCGGCAAUAACCUCACAGUCCAAAUAAACAUUAAGUUUUUCUAAAAACAGCUCU